UCUAUAAAGGGAGCUGGUGUGGAAACAGAGCUGGGACACAAGCGGGGGGAGCCGCAGAGGAGAAAAUAUUCCUCUAUUUCGUCCGUUUUAUUCCGUAAAUUUCCAUCAUUGUCGUCACUCUCAUGGAUGCUGGAAACUUCGUCGCUAGACUGAAUGAAUACGCGCAGAAAAACAAAAUUCUGCUCAGCUAUGACUUCCUGGGCUCUGACGGUCCUGACCACAAUAAAACAUUCUCCAUGAGAGCUGUUGUAGACGGUAAACCUUGUCCUCAAGGAGAAGGGAAGACCAAGAAGGACGCAAAGCAGGAUGCAGCUAAAAGUGCCCUGGCAUGCUUGAUGGAAGAGGACACUCAGAUCACCAACAACGCAACAGUAAAUACAGCAAACACUUCUACUGCAGCAGUUCUCCAGAGUCCCAGAAACCUGAACUACAUCUGCUGGCUGAACGAGUACGGUCAGAAGAACUGGCUGUCUGUUCGGGCUGUGGAGUCAAUGGGAGUGGGAGCCAAUUUUGCCACUCAAUGCUGUUACUUCAUGGUUGGUGAUAAAGAGUAUCCAGCCGCCAGCGGGGCCACAAAGAGGGAGGCUAAAGAGAAGGCAGCCAAGAUCGUUCACGAUGAGAUAUCUGGUAUCAGAAACACAGAGAUGCUGACCACAUCAACAGUACCUACAGAUGGAGCCUCACCAAAGUUGUCGGCACGAUCAGCUCCACGUGAAAAAUCAUCACAGAGCACGACAACAAGCUCGAGUGAGCGGGUGGUUUUCAAGGAUUCAAACUCUUCCGGGGCUCAGAUGUCCUCCAGGUUGUCUGAAUAUGGAGCAUCAAGCAGGGAGUGUUCUUCAUCAUCACCAAGUAUGCAGCAAUAUAAUUACAGCUCUGGAGUGUUCACUAAUUCACCCAGCACUUCUAUGGAUGAGAUUAACCAUCGUCUUGAAAGGUGCACCCUUGACACUCCACAAAAAAAGACUCAGAAUGGGACAUCAACCACAUCAAAGUUUACCACAGACUUUGACUCCAUCGAGAAUAUUAGCAGUGGAUUCUACGGUUGUGUUUUCAGAGUGAGAGAUAAAUUAGAAGACAAGAAUUUUGCUGUGAAGAUUGUCUGUUCUGGGGGGAGAUCUCUCCGAGAAGUGCGUACUUUAUCUGACCUCCAACACCAGAACGUUGUGAGAUACUACACAUGUUGGGAGGAGGAUGAAGGAUAUCACUGGGACACUUUAGUCGGCAUAUACCGCUCUCCCCAGUCCAUCAACACCUCGCCUCCAAAGUUCCUCUACAUUAAGAUGGAGCUAUGUGACACCAAAACCCUUGAAAACUGGAUUCGAGAGAAGAACGAUCAGUCUCUGCCAGACUGUAAGAGAAGAGAAGAAAGCCUCAGCAUUGCUCUACAGUUAUUCAGUGGAGUCGAGUACAUUCACUCCAUGAACCACAUCCACAGAGACCUGAAGCCUGCAAACAUCUUGUUUGGUAUUGACCGAAGAAGGAGAAAGUUGAAGAUCGGGGACUUUGGUCUGGUCACCAGAGAUGAUGCUUCGAUGGACAGAACAGUGGGACAGGGAACCCCAAAUUACAUGGCACCUGAACAGAAAACUGGGAGGAAUUAUGACCGAAAAGUGGACAUUUUUUCUCUGGGCUUGAUUUAUUUGGAACUCCUCUGGAAACUCUCAACUGGCAUGGAAAGAGCAAAAGUUUUUGAAGAUGCCAGACAGCAGAAGUUCCCCUCGGAGUUUCCUCAGAGAUUCUUUGAAGAGAUGGAAAUCAUCAAGUCCAUGCUGUGUGAGAGGCCAGAGGGUCGACCUGAAGCGAGCUCAGUGAGAGCCCAGCUGGAGACGAUGGCUCAAGCAAUCAAGGCACAAAGAACUGUCUGAUCACCAGAGAGGGAUGGUUGUAAAUGCUCUCCUCUCAUUUACUCUUAGGUUUAGUACUGUGGUGGACGGAUCAAUACAAAUGAUUUGAUAGGAUCUUAAAUCAGAAAUGUGACCAAAGCUGGUAAAAAGUCCUGCAAGUCGUCCGAGGUCAUUUUUGAGUUUUUACACAUUAUGAAAGCGUAGAUUCCAAGCUUUCAAAUGGUGUAUCAUACACCUUAAUCUGAUC